AUGAAGAAGCUGUGGAAGUUGAUACUCAAGAAACUGAGGAGGAGGAAUUCAUCCUUUUCAUAUACCCGCCUAAGCUCCGAAUCCGAAUCCGCCAGUGAUUAUCAUCAACGUCGUCUAGAUAGAUGGGUUUCUAAUGUUGCUGCCCAGAUGAUAACGUUUCGAGAACAGUAUCAUUGUAAUCUACGUGCCAGUGUUAUAAGAAAUUCGCAUCGUUAUAAAAUGAUACUUGUAGGGAGUCCAAAAAGGCGAGUUUUGAUUGAAUCCAAGUAUUUGGACCACCCAUUAUUGAAGACCAUGAUUGAGAAAUCCGACGAGAGGAGACGGCGGCAGAAGGCGGAUGGUAGCGGUGGCGGCGGCGGCGGUGGUGAUUAUGAUGAUGAUGAGGAGGAGAGUUUGUUGGUGAUCAAGUGUGAGGUGGUGCUGUUUGAUCAUUUGUUAUGGAUGAUUGAACAUGGUGGUCCGAGUUUACUCCCUUGUUCUUCGGAUGAUAACAAUUUGUCAAUGGAUGAACUUGCUGAUCUCUAUCUGUUUUGA